AGUACACCCGAAAGAAGGGCGAAACCUGGUUCACGAGUCAGGAGAAGUUAUCUUUGCUGCCGUAAUGUGUGGUUCAAAGGAGUUGCAAGGUGAUCUCUUUUUUAAGACCAUGAUUUCAAUUUUGAAUGUUAUCAUCAUGGGCUGAAAAGUCAAGGGGUCAAGUCUUUCUUUCGAGUGCUGGUCAAUGGGGAAGAUGAGAAGGAAACUCCCUCAUGGGAGUCUCGUCUUUAAGCCAACCAAUCAACAGUGUGUUUAUCAAGCACUUGUUUCAACCUAGUUGUACGAGUCUUCCCCUUCCAAUUUCCAAGUCAACUAGCGUGUUAAACACAGAAUGAACUUAAUAUAUUGUGAAGCAAGAAUGGAAGUAAACAAUUCAGCAGUCUUGUUCUGAACUUGAGAAGUAGAUCCUUUUGUUUUUCUUUUUCCGUGGUGCUUUAGUUCUGGCUCUUCAGUUCAGCUGGGAAUUUCUCGAUGGCUCCCGUGGCUUUGUUUAUUUUCUCUCUUCUCGCUCAUCUCAUUCUUCUUCACUCUACCAAAGAAGAGGAAUUCUACAAACGCUGUCCUCCCUUCCACUGUAAUGAUCAACUAAGCAAACUCCAGUUCCCCUUCAAAAAUACGACACAACCUCCUGAAUGCGGCGGGUUGUUCACAGUUGAUUGUUCUGAUCAGGCUCGUCCGAGGAUCCAACUGAAAGAUAAAGGAUACUGGCAUGAAUUAGAGAGCAUCUCUCCAACAAAUACGAUUAUAAUAGAUGACAAAGAGCUUCACCAGCGCUUGAAAACAGAUUCCUGCAAUGAUCAAUUUUUCAACGAUUUGAGUCUUCCCACCCCUUCUUCAGUCGGAUUCUUCACACACAAUAUGACCCUCGUCAAAUGCGACAACACCGCACAAACCCUCCCCAAUGCAGAUUUUAACCACAUCUGUACAAAUGCUACUACUUACUAUACUCCUUCGCCUCAUAAUAAUUUAAGUAGUCUCCCAUUCCAACCACCAUGUACCAUCAUUCUUAUGCCCGCGGAUCCAUCUAAACCUCCCUUCGAUCUCUCUGCAUUGACUACUAGAUUUUCCCUUUGCCUCCCUGAUGACGAGGGAAAAUUUCAAUGUUCCGUUGGAGAAAAAGUUUAUGUUGCAGGAGAUAAAUUGGGAUUGAAGCUAGGACUAGGUAUUGGAUGUCCAGUACUUAUUGCAGUAUGCUUGUUUCUUCUGUGGCAUUACAAACAAAAACGCGCUGCAUCAAACUUCCUCUCAAGGAACAUAUCUUCUCAGCCCCACACAAAUUCAGACAUAGAAGGGGGCGUCACCUACUUUGGUGUCCCAGUCUUCACCUACACUGAACUUGAAGAAGCCACUAAUCAUUUUGAUGGUGAAAAAGAACUGGGAGAUGGAGGUUUUGGAACCGUGUACUACGGCAAACUCAAAGAUGGCCGGGAAGUUGCAGUCAAGCGUUUAUAUGAGCACAAUUACAAACGUGUGGAACAGUUUAUGAAUGAAAUUGAAAUUCUCACUCGUCUGCGCCACCAAAAUUUAGUCUCCCUAUAUGGCUGCACUUCACACCGCAGCCGUGAACUCCUCCUUGUGUACGAAUACAUUCCCAAUGGCACUGUUGCUGAUCAUCUCCACGGCGAGCGAGCAGACACUGGCGCACUGGCAUGGCCUAUUCGUAUGAGCAUUGCUAUAGAAACCGCGAGCGCAUUGUCUUACCUCCAUGCUUCCGAAAUUGUACAUCGUGAUGUGAAGACUACCAACAUUCUCCUUGAUAACAAUUUUUGUGUAAAAGUUGCAGAUUUUGGGCUCUCCAGGCUUUUCCCCAUGGAUGUCACCCAUGUCUCAACUGCUCCACAAGGGACCCCUGGUUAUGUUGACCCAGAGUACCACCAGUGUUACCAGCUAACUAGUAAAAGUGAUGUUUAUAGUUUUGGGGUUGUUCUCAUUGAGCUUAUAUCAUCUCUGCCAGCAGUUGAUAUAAGCAGGCAUAGGCAUGAGAUUAAUUUGUCUAACUUAGCCGUAAGCAAGAUUCAGAAAGGUUUAUUCAAUGAGUUGGUUGAUCAAUGUCUCGGAUUUGAGUCAGAUGAUGAAGUUAGAAGGAUGGUAAUUGCAGUGGCAGAGUUGGCUUUUCAAUGUUUGCAGCAGGACAACGACAUGAGGCCUACCAUGUGUGAGGUUUUGGAGGCUUUGAAGAUGAUUGAAAGCGGGAAUGAUUUGCCAGAUAAUUUAAAGCCAGCAUUUGAUAAUGCCGGGAUGAAAACGAAUAUACUGCCACCACCUUCACCAGAUUGUGAUGAGAUUGGGUUGCUAAAGAACAAGAGACUACUAUCUUCACCAAUUUCAGUGACCCAAAAAUGGCCUAGCACUAGGUCUACUACACCUAAUGCUAGUGCCUGAUAUAUAUUUUUCCCCAUUCUAUGAAGUUUCAUAAUACAGAACAUGAAUGUGUUUCAGGUUUGAUUAGGUGGGUUGAGGUUAUUUUGUACUCAUCUCCUUGAUUUGUUGGUAAUAGAAAAAACACAUCCAGUUUGGCAUAUCAGUACUGCCAGGUAAAGGCUCGAGGGAUUGUACAUAUUAAAUGGAGAUACUGUUGUUUAAUGUUCAUAUUUUACAUUAUAUUUCAGAUCAUGAAUGCCCAUUUAGAUCUUCCA